AACAUAACAGACACUCCGCACUUACACCACCAAGGGCGCCACUCAAAUCAAGGAUAUCGGGUCUUCUCCUGUACAUCGUAAACGAAUUGCAUCGCAUCUCAAACGAAACCAUCCGUCGCGCUUCGUAGCGCUGUUAUUCCACAUCCCCUGUCCGAACCACCCCCGCUCCACCCAUCCUAGUCCAUAUCCAUACCGUAUCCCAUCGCACCCGGCUCGUCACCACCCAGCACUACAACACCAAUAACCCCAACCCAAAACAAAUGGGCAACCUCUGCUCCACCUCCAAAAACGAAGCCGAGCCCUUCUCCCGCCCCGGCCGCGCGCCGUUCAAGUCACCGGGGAGGACACUAGGCGAGGCUGCGCCGGAGGUUCCGGAUGCGGAGCGGGCUGAUGCGCGGACGAAUGCUGCGAUUGCGGCACAGAAACGAGCUGAGUCGGCGGCGAGUGCGCAAAAGGGGAAAUUAGGGUCGAAACUGGCGGCGCAAAAGGCUCAGACCCAGGCGAAGACCUUGAGCGAAGUGAGUAGGGAGCAGACUGCUGCUAGGCAUAUGGAUGAGUCGAGUGAGGCGAGGAGGUGGAAUUAGUCUGAAAGAAGUCAUCGACCUACAUGACCUACGUUGAACUUGUUGGUGUUUCUUGGAGUAUACUGGCGUAAAUAUCACUGUAUAGAUCUUGAUGUUUCUUUACUCAUGCUUAUACUGCUUACACAUUAUGAAUCGAGGCACUUGACAAUGU